CAACCAAGCAACCCGCGCGCUCAUAUCACCUCCCCCAUCUCCCUGAUCUGCUCUCUUGCCAGAACAUCCCUGAUCGUGGAGACGCCGGUUCUGCAUGCUCUUUGUGCGGACCUUGAUUCAUCAUCGCCUUCGUCACCCGAGACCGCCCACGCUCCUUCCAAAGACCGCCUCGGUCCUGCUCAUUCCUCAAAUCGAGCCACAACCCGUUGCCACGAUCCUCAUCCGAGCCAUGAGCGCCGCUGCUCCUCAACCUCAAGAGCCCAAGAAGCCGUCUGCUCGACGUGAUGCCCUGCGGGCGAUUGAGAAGCGAGUUCAAUCCCGAUGGGAAGAAGACAAGGUCUUUGAAAAGGAUGCGCCCUUGCCCGGCGAACCUAGCCCACCCAAGUUCCUCGUCACCUUCCCCUACCCGUACAUGAAUGGAAAGCUGCAUCUGGGUCACUCGUUCUCCGUCUCCAAAUGCGAGUUCAACAUCGGCUAUCAGCAGCUCAAGGGCAAGCGCGCUCUCUUCCCCUUUGGCUUCCAUUGCACGGGUAUGCCCAUCAAGGCCUGUGCCGACAAGCUCUUGCGCGAAAUCGAUCUGUUUGGCCAAAACUUUGAAAAGUUCAAGGAAGAGGUUGCUGCCGAGCCUGAGCCUGAGCCGCAGGUCGAAGCUACCGGGCCCGUCGACCCAACCAAGAUUGUGAAGAAGCAUGGCAAAGUCAACAGCAAAAGCACUGGGUUGAAGUACCAGUUCCAAAUCAUGCGAAGCAUGGGGGUCCCCAACGAGGAAAUCCACAAGUUUGCCGAUCCCAAGCACUGGCUCUACUACUUUCCUCCACAUGCCAUUAGCGACCUGAAAGACUUUGGCGCCCACAUCGACUGGCGCCGCUCCUUCAUCACCACGGAUGUCAACCCGUAUUACGACUCGUUCAUCCGAUGGCAGUUCAACAAGCUGAAGAGCCUGCAGCCCGUCAAGAUCGACUUUGGCGAACGUCUGACCAUUUACUCUCCGCUUGAUGGCCAGGCUUGCAUGGACCACGACCGUGCCACAGGCGAAGGCGUCGGUGUCCAAGAAUACACUGCCAUCAAGUUGCAAGUACAGCUCGCCGAAAUGCUUGCCGAGGGCGAGCUUCGUCGUGACAUUGUCCAGGGCAAGCCUGUGGGCCAAAAGAUCACUCAACCCGAGUUCCUCGAACGCCUUGGCGACCGCAAGCUGUACUACGUUGCUGCAACCCUGCGUCCCGAGACCAUGUACGGCCAAACCAACUGCUAUGUUGGCGUCGAUCUGGACUAUGGCGUCUUUAUCGUCAACAAACAUGAGGCCUAUAUUUGCACCGAGCGUGCUGCGCGCAACAUGGCCUUCCAGGGCAUCUUUGAGGAGCGAGGCAAGGUCAACAAGAUCACCGACCUCAAGGGCUGGGAUUUGGUUGGAGUGCCCCUCUCGGCUCCUCUCGCGCAGUUCCCGACUGUGUACACGCUUCCCAUGGAAGGAGUGCUGGCCGCCAAGGGUACAGGUGUUGUCACCUCGGUUCCCUCAGAUUCGCCCGACGACUACAUCACCCUGCAAGAUCUGUCCAAGAAGCCUGUGUACUACGGCAUCCAACCCAAGUGGGUCGAGCCGUUCUUCAGCACACUCAAACCCAUCAUCCAAACCCCCAACUAUGGCGACCUGGCUGCCAAAACUGCUGUUGAGAAGCUCAAGAUUAAGAGCCAGAAGGACAAGAAGGAGCUUGCCGAGGCGAAGGAGCUGGUUUACAAAGAGGGAUUCUACAGCGGUACCAUGGUUGUCGGAUCCCAGGCUGGCAAACCUGUCCAGGAAGCAAAGCCGAUCAUUCGCGCCGAGCUGAUCGAGCAAGGCCUCGCUUUUGCCUACGCAGAGCCCGACGGCCUUGUCGUCAGUCGCAGUGGCGAUGAAUGUGUCGUCACUCCGGCGGACCAGUGGUUCAUGAACUAUGGCGAGCAAUCCUGGCGCCAGACCGCCGAAAGCUGCCUUGCCAAGAUGGAAACGUUCGGACCAGAGACUCGCAACGCCUUCGAGAAGACCCUGGCCUGGCUCAACCAGUGGGCCUGCUCGCGUAGUUACGGCCUCGGCACACGUCUUCCCUGGGACCCUCAGUACCUGAUCGAGUCUCUCAGCGACUCGACUAUCUACAUGGCCUACUACACCGUCGCUCAUCUCCUUCAUGGCGGUAACCUCGAUGGAUCCAAGCCCGGCCCGCUCGGCAUCAAGGCUGAGCAGAUGUCGCAUGAAGUGUGGGAGUUCAUCCUCAACAAGAGCGCCCCCUUCCCCCAAACCGACAUUCAGAAGGAGUCUCUGGAACUGAUGCGCCGCGAAUUCCAGUACUUUUACCCUGUCGAUCUGCGCUCCUCUGGAAAGGAUCUGAUUGGCAACCAUCUUACCUUCUUCAUCUACAACCACGUCGCCCUCUUUGACGAAGAGUUUUGGCCCAAAGCUGUCCGCACCAACGGCCAUUUGCUCCUCAACGGCGAAAAGAUGUCCAAGUCGACCGGUAACUUCAUGACCCUGAACGAUGCCGUUUCGACCUAUGGUGCUGAUGCGACUCGCUUUGCCUUGGCCGAUGCCGGCGACGCUCUGGAUGACGCCAACUUCUUGGACAAGACUGCCGACGAUGCCAUUCUCAAGUUGUUUAUCGAAAAAGAGUGGAUCGAGGAGAGUCUUCGCAACGGUGGCCAAGACCUGCGCUCGGGCGAGCUCAACUGGAUCGAUCGUGUCUUUGCGUCCGAGCUUCAAAAGAUCGCCAGCGAAGCCGACAAGGCGUACCAGUCCAUGCUCUAUCGCGAGGCCCUGAAGUUCUCGUUCUAUGAGAUCCAGAACGCCAGAAAUGAGUACCGCAAGGCCACGGUCACCGCAACCAACAUGCAUGUUGAUCUCGUCAAGCAGUUUGUCGAAAUUGAGGCCCUUCUCAUGUCCCCCAUCACUCCCCACUGGAGCGAGUACAUUUGGUCAGAGGUGCUUGCCAAGCCAACCAGCAUCCAAAAAGCCCAUUGGCCCACUUUCACCGUCCCUGUCGACGAGUCCCUCCUUGCGGCUGCCGACUACAUCCGUGACCUCGUGUCCAAGAUCCGAUCGGCCGAGGAUGCUGCCGCAAAGAAGAAGGCCAAGAAGGGUGGCAAGACCGAGGAAAAGGACGACGGACCCAAGUCCAUCCGCAUUUAUGUUGCCGAGACAUUCCCGCAGUGGCAGGACGAAGCUCUGUCGGCACUGAAGGAGUGUUGGGACUCGACCGAGAAGAAGUUCAUCCCAGGCAAGGACAAGGAAAUCCUGACCCAGCGCGGCCUCAUCAAAGACAAGCGCGUGAUGCCCUUCGUUGCUGCCAUGAAGAAAACCGUUGAGGUCGGCGGCGCGAUUGCCUUUGACCGCGCACUUCCUUUCCAUGAGUACGAGACGCUGAGCUCCAACGUCGAUUUCAUUGCCCGUGAGCUUGCCGUUCUGAAAAUCGCCGUCGUCGACAUUGUCAAGAAGGAGACCGUCACCCUCGGACCCUUCACCGAGGAAGAUGUCAAGAAAGCCGACGGAGCGGCCCCGGCUGUUCCUGGCCAGCCUACUUACCGAAUCUGGUAACUCCACAUCGAGCAUCAUCGGACGGAGCAGCGGCUCCUCCAUGAAGCAGCAAUGUCCCCGUGAUGGUAUUGAAAAGCGAAAGAGGCUGCCCUCGUUCUCGAGGCAGAAAACCACUCUCUCGGACUCGUGAAUACAUACAUGCGUCAUUCGUGAUCACAACGACCAUCCACCAUCGGUGGGAGCUGUUGGGUUGCUGACCGCGAGGCCAUACAAUACCCGGCGUCACAAGUUAGCCCGAUUUUGCCUGUGCUCGCAAGAAUUACUCUCUGUCGAUUUUGCUUCUCCG